CCACCACCACCACCACCACCACCACCAACACACCACCUCAUCCGUGUGCUGAACACCCUCGACACACCACCACACCACGACACUCAACACGUUGUCGUUGUCAUUUAUUUUACGUUUACUGCUCUGACCAACCCAACAAACAAACCAACCCCACAAUUCCGUCCCCAACAGCCAGCACCCACCCAUUGACCCCAACUUGGCUGAGCAGCCAAGCUUGUGAGGACGCCCUUGUGAACCCCACCACUCCCUGACACACGACGCCAGCGAGCGCCACACCCGAUUUCGUUCCACGUGACAAGUGGACCCAAAGAGAAGAGCAGAACACCAGCACAGCGCACACGCCCCCCCGCUCUCACUCACUCACACACGACGGCACGUAUCCUCGCUACGAUGAUGACGACGUCCAGAGCACCUGCCUUUGCUGCAGCCAUUGCGCUGCUCAUGUGCUGCUGCUGCUCCUGCUGUUGGAUGAGUGGCGCGCAGGCUGAGCCAGCUCAGCCCAACAUCCUCAUUCUGCUGUUGGACGACGUGGGCGCGGACCGGUUCACGUUUUACGGAUCCAACGUGGACUCCUCCGCCAACAUCAACGAGCUCGCGGAGAAGGCGGUGGUGUUUGAUGCCUUCUUUGCGCAGCCCAUCUGCGGGCCAUCCCGGGCGUGCUUGCUGAGCGGUCGCCUGACAUCCAACACCAAGGCAUACGGCAAUGGCCACAAGCGCAACGAGGACUUUGAUGAGUCUGAGUGCACGCUUGGCGCGACGUUCCAGGAGGCCGGGUACAGGACAGCCCUGUUUGGCAAGGCGCACGCCUCCGCACCAUACCUGUCCACAUACAACGAGAGUUGUGGGUUUGGCAAGUAUGCCAUCUGGGCGCGCCAGGGACCUCGCUACCACAAUUCAACGAUCCAAACGAACAUUGGAACGGGCGACCUGUCUGAGUUUGAUGCGCUUGUUGCGGCGGCAAGGGAGGUGGAGAACGUGGGCCCGUCCCGCACGCUUGACAUGAAGAACACAUACCACCCGCACCUCAACCGCGAGCUGGCCAAGGCGCACAUCACCGCAAGCAAGGCCGAGGGCAAGCCGUUCCUCAUCCACAUGCCGAUGCUGCUGACGCACGGCCCGACGCCGGACAAGGAAGACGACCCCUCGCUGCCGUUGGACAUGCACACGGAGCAAGGCGGCAACGAGCUGUUCAACCAGCGGCUCAUGGUUGCGGACGCCGUGAUUGGAGACAUCCUGCGGCACCUAGAGGUGGAGGGCAUGCAGAACGACACAAUUGUGCUCGUGACGGGCGACAAUGGCACGCCGCGCGGAUAUGACGCCGUUGUCAAUGGUGUCAAGACACGCAACGGCAAGCGCCACGCCGACCGGGCAGAGGGCACGCGCGUGCCGCUGCUGGUAUACUACCCACCUGUGUUAGACACGGCGCCGCGGACGGUCAAGUCUGUGGCGACGCUGUAUGACAUUCUGCCAACGCUUGUGGACGCAGCGGGCGUGAGCGGAUAUCCGGCCGGCAAGGACGAGCCCGAUGGCAGCUCGUUCUGGCCGCUUGUGACGGGGCAGCGGAAGAAGACGGGGGAGUGGGCGUACCUGUUCUCGGAGUCGCGGGACCCGCACGCCGUUGUUCGCAACCGCAAGACCAUCAUUGCCUCCGAUGGCAACGUGUACAGAGAGCGCAAGUGGUAUGACCCCGUGCGGGUGAGCCCGGAGUUGGUGUGCCAGCGCAAGAAGAUUUUCCGCCGCAUGAAGCGCAUGGUGUUUGAGGCGUGGAAGCUGGACAUCAACGUCACCCUCCCUGGCUCGGACACAGCGCUGCCGCCAGACUCAUGCGCAAAGAUUGUCUGCAAUCCCGACACCAGCCUUCCAGAGUGCGUCUACGCUUAGCUUCACUGCUUCUUUCCCGUGUCGUCGCUGUUGUUCGUGUGCUUUUCUGUUUUGUUCGUGUAUGUUUGCUUUCCAUGUUUGCCGCCAUCUCGUCAUGAUGCCCAUGUAUGCAUUGUUGUAGCAGCACAGCAUGUCCAAUAGACAAAAAGCAAGCUGAA